AGCCAACACAAGUACAACGUUAUCUAAACGCUCGACUACAGCGGAAUGUAGCGAGAGAGGGUAGCAACGAAAUAUUCCAAACUAAACCAAAGAUACAAAGGCAAAGAAAUUAACGUACAUGCAAUCAAAUAUAAAUACGUACAUAAAAUAUAACGAAAGCAAGAACAAUAAUACAACAUAAAUGCUAAACACAAAUCAACAAGCAAAACAACAAAGAAGAAAUCGAUUUGCUAAUGAAUGAAACGAACGAAAGCAAAUCCACAAACAAUACAAAACAAAACCGCAAACGUCAAGCGAACAAACAAACCUACGGAAAGUGAAGGCGAAAGUGCAGCCACGCCCAACCGCGCGCGCGCCCGCCCGUCCGUUCCGAGCUAAGCACUCUCUCGAUAUUGUAACAGUAAAGUGUUUCAUUCCAAUUGUCUCGAGUCGAAUGCGACGUCAYUGUCGCAAGCUCCGUUCCCGUUCCCGUUCCGAUCAUGUCCAAGACGAGCAGCAGCAGCAAGCACAGUCACCACAACAAUAACAAUCGCAGGCAUCUGCCGGUGCCCGCGUCCGCCUCAUCCCUCGAUGACAGCGGUGGCGAGUCCUUUCUGCAGUACGACAGCGAUAAGAAGCCGCCGCCGAUAGUCGUCGUUGUGGGCGAUGGCCGCAGUCGAGUGCGUCGCGUGGUGCGCACAGCCACGCGACACGUGACCGUUGUCAGUCUCUCCACACGGCACAAGGAGACCCAGACGCACACCUCGCACCAUGUGACGGCCGUCAGCUUUCCCCAGAAGAGCAUCGAGCGCAGUGGCUCCACACAAUACGAUCUGGCCGGAGCGCCAGUGGGAGCGCACGGCUCCGGCACAGCGACCGACGGCGUCGGUGGAUAUGUCUACCUACAGAACCACUAUGCGGCGGGCGGCGGUCACAACUCCGCCACGACUAUCAACUAUCCCGCGCCGCAGCACCCGCAGAUGAUCUACCAGAUCCAGCAGUAUCCCACGUGCCAUCAGCAACAGCAGCAGCAGCAGCACCAGCAGCAGCAGCACUACAUGCAGGUGCAAGCGGCACCGCCUGGCAGUGGACACUACCACCACCACAACCACCACCUGCUGCACGGCCAUGGGCACCACCACCACCACGGCGGUGCCGUCGUCAUCGCCGGCAGCGGCGUGGGCACCGGAGCAGGAGGAGCCGGCGCAAUCGUGCUGCAGCAGCAGCAACAGCAGCAGARCAUGCACAAGAAGAACUCCAUACGGAAUGGCGGGGAUGUGCUGAAGCGCACGCGCGCCCAGUCCGCGUACGAGCUAUCGCAGGAUCUGCUGGACAAACAGAUCGAGCUGCUGGAGCGCAAGUACGGCGGCGUGCGGGCCCGCAAUGCGGCAGUCACCAUUCAGCGCGCCUUCCGACACUACAUGAUGGUCAAGAAGUUCGCCUCGAUCACGGCCAUGGCCAAGGCCGAGAAGCGCCUCAGUCGCCGCAUGGUGGUCACCGCCUCCAGCAUGACCCUGGCCGAGGAGAGCGCCUCCGCGAAUGCCUCUUUAUCCUCUGCCUACGGCAGUGCCACAGAAUCUCAGCUAGAGCAGCUGCAGCAGCAGCAGCAACAACAACAGCAACAACAACAGCAACAACAACAGCAGCAGCAGCAACAGACGGGACAGCAUCAGCCACGUGUGACCAUAAUGGCGGGCCCGCCAGGUGCCGCCUCGCCCGGACUCUCGCGGACGCCCCCAACGCGCUCGCUCUCGAUGCGCGAGCGGCGCCAGCUGGACUGCAGUCCCAUUCCUCGCAGUCAGUCGGGCGCCUCACCCGUGUCCAUUGGCAGCUCCACAACCUCCGUGUCCGGCCUGGCCUCGCAUCCGCACGUCAACCUGCUGCACGCCGCCGAGCCGCACUACUACAAUGCGCAGGCGAUGCCGACAGCCGCGUACUACACCAGCUACCACGGGUCGCCGCACGAGCUCAGCUACGCCAGCUCGGCGGACACCUCGCUGAAUGCCUCCUGGGUGAACACCAGCGGCCACUCGCCGCACACGCCCUACUACUCGGCGGCGCAGAUCUACAUGCGGCCCAAGGGCGGCAGCACCACGCCGACGCCCAGCUGCGGCAGCCAGGGCAGCGGCAGCGGCAAGAAGGUGCCGCCGGAGGUGCCCAAGCGCACGUCCUCGAUCACGGCCCAGCAGCAGAGCCAGCUGCUGAUGAUGCAGCGGCAGACGCCGCCGCCGCCCUCGCUGCUGCGCACCAACGGGCUCUGCAAGACGGCCGAGAACGGCAGCCUGACGUCCGUGCAGAGCUCCGGCUCGGACUCGAGCAUCACCUCGGCGGAGCGCAACAUCAACAGCGACCUGGGCUCCGACCGCAGCAACUCCCCGCACACCUGGAAGCGCGGCACGGCGCUCAACAGCUCGCAGCAGUUCUCCACGCACUCGGCGGACUCCGUGGGCGCCGCCGGCCAACUGCAGGUGGUGGUGGCAGCGGCCACCGCACCGGGCGGCGUGCCGCCCACAGAUGACCACGCCAUCUCCUCGCACACCAGCGCCGCCCAGUACGAGCAGCACGAGCAGCAGCAGCACGAACAGCAGCAGCUGCAGGCGGCGGCCGCCGCGGCGGGCGUGCCUCCCAACUACAAGAUGUCGGAGACGAUACGCAAGCGGCAGUACCGCGUGGGGCUCAAUCUGUUCAACAAGAAGCCGGAGAAGGGCAUCACGUACUUGAUCCGGCGCGGAUUCCUGGAGAACACGCCGCAGGGCGUCGCCCGCUUCCUGAUCACGCGCAAGGGCCUCUCGCGGCAGAUGAUUGGCGAGUAUCUGGGCAAUCUGCAGAACCAGUUCAACAUGGCGGUGCUCAGCUGCUUCGCCAUGGAGCUGGACCUGUCCGGGCGGCAGGUGGACGUGGCGCUGCGCAAGUUCCAGGCCUACUUCCGCAUGCCCGGCGAGGCGCAGAAGAUUGAGCGGCUGAUGGAGGUCUUCUCGCAGCGCUACUGCGAGUGCAAUCCGGACAUUGUGGGGCGGCUGAGGUCAUCCGAUACGAUCUUUGUGCUGGCUUUCGCCAUCAUCAUGCUGAACACGGAUCUGCAUACGCCCAAUCUGAAGCCGGAGCGGCGCAUGCGCGUCGAGGACUUCAUCAAGAACUUGCGCGGCAUCGAUGACUGCCACGACAUAGACAGGGACAUGCUGGUCGGCAUCUUCGAGCGCGUCAAGUCGGAUGAGUUCAAGCCAGGCAGCGACCACGUGACCCAGGUAAUGAAGGUCCAGGCCACCAUAGUGGGCAAGAAGCCGAAUCUGGCCCUGCCCCAUCGACGGCUCGUCUGCUACUGUCGGCUGUACGAGAUACCCGACGUGAACAAGAAGGAGCGACCUGGCGUGCACCAGCGCGAGGUGUUCCUGUUCAACGAUCUGCUGGUCAUUACCAAAAUCUUUAGCAAGAAGAAGACCUCCGUGACGUACACGUUCCGCAACAGCUUCCCGCUCUGCGGCGCCGUGGUCAGCCUGCUGGACUUGCCGAACUAUCCGUUCUGCAUUCAGCUCUCCCAGAAGGUGGACGGCAAGAUCCUGAUCACCUUCAAUGCGCGCAACGAGCACGAUCGCUGCAAGUUCGCCGAGGAUCUCAAGGAGUCCAUCAGUGAAAUGGACGAAAUGGAAGCGCUGCGCAUUGAAGCCGAACUCGAGCGGCAGAAGUCGGCGCGCAAUCGCGCCACCGGCAACACGGACAACCGCGACAGCGGCGUGGCCGAUGUCGAGGUCUGCCCGUGUCCCUAUCAGCCCGGCACUCAGGCGGCCGGCGAGCAGGCGUCCAGCUCUACGGACUCCAAUCAGCUGAAGCGGAGCGCCCUCAGCAACAGUCUGCUGGACAUGCAUGAGCAAUUUGGCAACGAGAAGCCCCAGCGGCGUGGCAGCGUCGGCUCCCUGGAUAGCGGCAUGAGCAUCUCAUUCCAGUCGACAACCACGUCGAGUGCGUCGAGGGAGAACGCGGCCGCCAUCGCAGCUGCCGCCAACGCGGCCAAUGCGGCCUCGAAAAUCCGCUUCAACCUGCAGGCCACCACCAGCAACGUCUAUGCCGCGCCUGGCAUGCAGGCCUACACGCACGCCAACUUCGUGCAGCAGUCGCAGGCGGCUUACAUGCUGCAGCAGCAGCAAAUGAUUCAACAGCAGCAGGUGGCGCAGGCUCAGAUGCAGGCGCACGCUCAAGCUCAGGCUCAAGCACAGGCACAGGCGCAAGCACAGGCGCAAGCACAGGCCCAAGCACAAGCUCAAGCACAAGCGCAAGCACAGGCGCAGUCGCAGUCGCAGACACAGCCAGGACCUGUGGUAAUGGGACGUAUACCAGGACGAGAGCGCAAAGCAUCGCGGUCAGAUGACUCGCGCUCCACAGAAGUCUAAAUAUGGCGCAGUAUUUGUAUAUUCAGUUUAAAUAUAUACAUAUGUAUAGAUACGCAUUCUACAUAUAUAUAUAUAUUUGUAUGAUCCGAUACGAACCGAACCGAAUCGAACCGAAAGCCAUUUUUAAGCACACAAACAUUUAACACCUAACACCUAACAAAACAGCAGCUACAAUAUGAAUUCUUAAUGUUCCUUCGUUCUCUGCUAAUAUUAUUGUACAUAAACUGCAUAUUUGUCUAUUAACGCGAUUGAAAUGCGACUUAAGUAAGUUUUCAAAACUAA